CCGGAUUCGAGGUAGGGUUGUUUUUUUUAAUUCUUGUAAAUGUAAUCCGUGUCCCUGAUGAUCUACAAAGUCAUUGUAGAUCCUGAAGAGUCGUGACUACAUUUUUGAUUCACUGCUGGUAGGGGAGUCGAGAAUCGAUCAUAGCCAAAGACGAAGAUGACUUCAUUGCAGGUUGAAAAUGUCCAGUUGAACACCGGUGCGAAAAUGCCACUUCUCGGACUCGGAACGUGGCUGUCCGAGAAAGGGAAAGUUGGCGAAGCUGUCCAGGAGGCACUGAAGAUUGGCUAUCGCCACAUCGACUGUGCUCACAUCUACGGCAACGAAGAUGAGAUUGGCGAGGCGCUGGCGGCCUCGUUCACUGGUGACGUGGCCAAGCGCUGCGACGUGUUCGUCACCUCCAAGCUAUGGUCGACUGACUUUGCACCAGGUGACGUAGAACCAGCUUGCCGCCUAACACUCAAGAACCUACAGCUGAAUUAUGUGGACUUGUACUUGUUGCACUGGCCGGUACGCUGCCGACAUGGAUGUCCACCUCCAGGACAGUUGGCAGAUGACGACAUCAUCGGAUAUUCACCUGAGCUGAUCGCUGAGACUUGGAAGGAGAUGGAGAAGCUGCAGGCGGCGGGGCUAGUCAAGGCUAUUGGCGUGUCUAACUUCACCAUUCAGCAGCUGACGGCACUGCUGGAGACUGCCGACACAGUACCUGCGGUCAACCAAGUGGAGAGCCAUCCGCACUUCCAACAGAAUGCCCUGAAGGAAUUCUGCUCGUCGAAAGGCAUCGUGUUUGAGGCAUACUCACCACUGGGUGCUCCAUCGCGUCCACCGCGUGCUAAGAAGGAAGGCUCGGCCGUGCUGCUGGAGGAUGAGGUGCUAACGUCGCUCAGCGAGAAGUACGGCUGCUCGCCAGCUCAGGUUUCUUUGGCAUGGGCAUACUCGAAGAAAAUUGUUACCAUUCCCAAGACGGUGACGCCGGCGCGGCUCAAGCAAAACCUGGAGAGUGUCACCGUCAAGCUGGACGAUGAGGACAUCAAGAAGAUCGACGGCAUCGAUAAGGAUAUCCGCCUGCUUUAUGGUGGGUGGGCGCACAAGAAAGGGCAGACGGCGCACGACUUCUGGGGUGGUUCUGGCGUGUAGACUCACUGUCGUGAUCUCGUUAAGCUCAUGGGCUUGUGUUCUAGUGCCGUUGCGAAUUUCCCAGUUCUCAUUCAACUUGUGAACCCGCAGACUUUGCCUUUGCGACUCCGAUUUAUCCCGAGUGUGCUGGACACACCGCUCUUUAUGUGCCUUUCUACUUCUUUUUUCUACUACUUCAAAGUACUUGGAUUAUUUUUGAUUUUUUUAGUCCCUUUUUGCAUACAUGUAGAAAGGAUGGAUGUAUGCUAGUCUCUUUAGUUUUUAUUCUUCUGAAAACAAAAAGAAAUAGUUGCCUUU